AUGGAAAGUAAGCUCCAGGCAGUGGUAAUCCAUGUUAGAAGAACGGAUAUGGACUGGACCCAGUUGAGUUUGGGUCGUGAUCUAUUUAUGGGCCUCCAUCCAACACUAACCCAACUGGCCUAUUAUAUAUCUAUAUGUAUCAAUAGGGGAGUUGGACCGAGACUCUUCCCGUUUAGGUACGGUGGCCGGUCACUCCCCCCAAUGUGUCGGCUCUUUGAUUGGAGACAUCGGUUACAGAUUGCGGCUUCCACCGUCUCUUUUGGUUUGGCUGCCUUCUCCGGUGUUCCGUGUUCUUUCUUACACGUGUCCGCUUAUUAUUUGUUCACGGCUUCUUCCUUGGCCCUCUUCACUGCUCCUUCCUGGUGCAAGUCUGAUACUAGGGAGCGGUUUGCCUUGGUGAACCUGGAGGAUAAGGCCUCUAUGUGGGUGGUUUCAGGGCUGAAUGGUUACUAAAACGAUUUGAAGAAAACAUGAAAACAAUCAACCAAUGGUUGUUAGUGCAUGAAUGGGCACCUGAGUUGAAAAUUUCAGUCACAGACCAAUGCAAUGAAGAAAUUGAUAGUCUGGUCUUUCUCUUAAUUAGGUGUAUGAAUUUAUUGGCAUUCUAUAGGGGAAAAGAAUGGUACAUGAAAACCCAAACGACUGCAAACAUGCGGGAUGCAAAUAUCAAUUUUCUUUUUUUUUUUUCUUUUUUUUAGGUAAAAUCCAAUAAGUUAAUGUGCAAGUACAUUGCAUUCGUACCAAAUAUUUAUUAUUUAAUUUAAUGCAUGAAUUUAAUGUAUAUU